CCACCAAACCAAUUCCCCCCCCAAAAUACAACACGAAACAAAGAAAGACACCCACAAUCCAACACCUAGAAGCAGAGACGCCAAAAGAUACCCAUCUGUUCUUCUCCUCUAAAAAAUAAAAAUAACACAUCAAAGAUUCAAUCAAAUUUCUCAAAAGAAAUUUGAGAAACAUCGGUGACAAUGGAGGGUGGUGAUAAUAUACUGAGAGUGAGUAGUGCUCGUUUGAGUAGUUCCAACAUAUGGAGGAACAGCGGGGGAGAAGUUUUCUCAAAAUCUUUUUGCGAUGAAGACGACGAAGAAGCUCUGAAAUGGGCUGCUAUGGAAAAAUUACCCACUUAUCAGAGGAUUCAGAGAGGUAUUUUGACUGAAGAACAAGGCCAUGCAAGAGAGAUUGACAUCAAAAAGCUUGGGGUGAUUGAGAGAAAGAAUCUGCUGGAGAGGCUUGUGAAAAUCGCAGAGGAUGACAAUGAGAAGUUCUUGUUGAAGCUCAAGAAACGCAUUGACAGAGUUAGGAUUGAUCUUCCCACCAUUGAAGUCUGGUUCGAGCAUUUGAAUGUCGAUGCAGAAGCUUAUGUUGGCGGUAGAGCACUUCCAACAGUUCUCAACUUUUCCAUUAAUCUUUUUGAGAAGAAACCAUUAUCAAUCCUUCAUGAUGUUAGUGGAAUCCUCAAACCUGGCAGAAUGACAUUGCUUUUGGCCCCACCAAGCGCUGGAAAGACAUCAUUGCUGCUUGCUUUGGGUGGAAAACUUGAUUCAGAUCUAAAAGUUUCUGGGAAAGUAACAUACAAUGGGCAUGGAAUGAAUGAGUUUGUUCCGCAAAGAACAUCAACUUAUAUAAGUCAGCAUGACCUUCAUAUAGGAGAAUUGACAGUGAAAGAAACAUUGGCUUUCUCAGCAAGAUGUCAAGGGGUCGGAGCUCGCUAUGGUCGAUUAUAUUCAAUGGGUGUUGAUCAUAUUUAG